CAUACCUGCUAUGCUUAUAUUCUGAUAUCCAUGGCUCUAUAUCCUAGAGCAUAAACUUCUCAAUGGACUCAGAAAUGCCGCCCUUUCGUCCGCUCCUCGCCAUCUGUGGCACCACCGGCGUAGGCAAAUCCAAACUCGCCGUCGAACUCGCUCUCCUCCUCUCCUCCUCCUCCUCCAAUUCCACUUCACCUCAUCCGCAACUCCCACACGGCUGGAACGGAGCCCGAGUGAUCAAUGCAGACUCUAUGCAAGUCUACGCCGGAAUGGACAUCAUCACGAAUAAGAUCCCGCUGCAGGAGCAGAAGGGCGUGGAGCAUGUGUUGAUGGGGUUUAAGAAGCCUGGGGAACAGUAUGUGGUGGGCGAGUGGGUGAAGGAUGCGAUGAGAGAAAUCGAGGAAACGCACAGGAGGAAGCAAGUCCCUAUCAUCGUUGGCGGAACUUCGUACUGGAUCCAACAUCUUCUGUUCCCAAACAGACUUUCGAAGGAUCCUUCGUCCUCCUCGCCGUCCUCAUCCCGUCCAUCCUCGCCUACCUCCUCAUCUGAACCUCCGCCACUCCACUCAUCAACCACCGGCACACCCUCCCCCGCCCUCCUCUCAGCCACAUCCUCCCUCUCUCCCCCUCUCCUCUCCCUAUGGUCCUCCCUCCCCUCCACACCACCCUCCGCAACCUCCGACCCCGACGCAGCAUACACACUCCACACACUCCUCGCCGCCCUGGACCCCGCCGUCGCAAGUCGUUGGCAUUGGAGGGACACGAGGAAGGUAUUAAGGAAUCUUGUUAUCAUGAAAGAAACGGGAAGGAGGCCUAGUGAGAUUAUUGAGGAACAGUCGAGGGAGGGCGCGAGACCUAGGUAUGAUACGCUGUGCUUUUGGUUAUACGCAGAUCCGAAGUCUUUGAACCCACGGCUGGAUGAACGGGUGGAUGAGAUGCUCGCGCAAGGCCUCAUGAAAGAGAUUGUCGAAAUGCGGGAAAUAGCAUCCGACGGUCGCAGCUCCAUCUCAUCAUCAUCGCCAGGAACAGCAGCCUCAUCCUCUGCCGGUGAGCCACCGCCACCAGAAGGGGAAGUUUCAGGCUCAGGCCCUUCGUCGGGCCCAGAGAAAGACUAUACGCUUGGUAUAUAUCAAUCCAUAGGCUUCCGCGAAUUCGACACCUACCUCAACAUCCACCCUCUCCCCUCCACCUCUCCUCUUCCCUCCUCCUCCUCCUCCUCCUCCUCCAAUAACAUCAGUGGUAAGAACGCGGACCCAGACUUCGACGUCGCAGUCGAAGAAAUGAAACUUUCUACGCGCAAGUAUGCGAAGAGACAGGUUUCGUGGAUCAGGAAUAAAUUGUUGCCUGCUGUUUUUGCGGCUGGGGACGAUGGGGGAGGAGCGAAUUGUGGUGGAGAGGCUGAUGAUGGUGGCGGAGAGGCUGAUGAAGGAGAGAGGCGGGUGCAGAUGCGGGCAUAUGUGCUUGAUGCGACUGACGUCGACGAGAAAUGGACGCCCAACGUUCUCGAUACAGCCAGCAACAUCAUGCACACCUUCCUCGCAGAAAAAUAUACCUCCCUCCCCGAUCCAGUCUCCCUCUCCGAGACUGCAGCGAGACUUCUUGCAGUAGCUCAUAAACCUACGAACCCAACCUCCCUCCUCACCGCCCAUCAAAAACACACCUGCCCAACCUGCACCCUCUCUCCCUCCCGCCCCAUCAUGAUCGAGUCCGGAAAAGAAUGGGAUGUUCAUGUGCGGACGAGGAUUCAUAGGCGGUUGGAGGAGAGGGCGAAGGGGGGGUUGAGUGGGAAGGAGAGGUGGGAGGGUGAGAAGGUUAGGAGGGAGGCGGAGGGGAUGGGGAUGGGGAUGGGGAUGGGAGUGGGGGAGAAGGAGGGGGGAGAGGGGAGUGGGGCGGAGAAGGUUAACGAGGACGGGAAGGAGGAGGAGGAGGAGGCGAAGAGGAAGGACAUGGAGGAGAACGAGAAGGAGGGGAGUGAUGCUGCGAAAAUCAACGAAGGGGAGACGGAGGAGGACAAGGCGAAGAAGGAGGUGCAGAAAGAAAAAGCGGAGAAGAAGGCGGAAAGGGAAGAGAGACGAAAGAGACUGGAAGCGUCGAACGUGAAAUUGGCGAGGUUGAGGGUGAAGAUGGAGCAGAAGAAGGCAGAGUAUGAAGCUCAGAAGUUGGUGGUGGCGGAGGCGCGGGCAGCGGUGGAGAGGGAGGAGAAGGAGUUGAAGGAGUUGAGGGCGCGGGCGGAGCUGGAGAGGGAGGUGAAGGAGGCGAAGAGGAUCGUGGGAUGGCGGAGGGAAGAUGUUGAGAUCUUGCGGAGAUUGGGUUAUAAUGGGUGA